UUCUCUGCAUAUUUUAUAAAAAAUGCUUGUUGUCUCUCUCUCUCUCCCUCCCCUUCCUGUCUCUCUCUACUGAAUCUUUUAGUUCAAUUUCAAGGUCAUAUUGCUUCCUUCCAUAGUUGUCUCCUGCCAUUAGCCUCUCACUCUCUCACCAUCAACUAUCACCAUCAGUGCUAUGAUGGAGCAAGCAACAUGCAAGGGGAUUUACGUGGCCUCAAAACUUUGAUUCAACAAGAAAGUAAAUCUGCUUAUUUCAUUCAUUAUUUUGCACACCAACUUCAAUUGACUCUUGUUGCGGUAUCCAAAAAGUGUCUUGAAGUGGGAGAACUUGUAUUGUUGGUUUCUAAUGUAUUGAAUAUAAUGGGAGGUUCUUUUAAACUUAUGGAUGAUCUUCGAGAAUCUCAAGCUGAAAAAGUUCAAGAGGUAUUAGACAUGGGUGAACUUGAAACUGGUAGGGGUUUGAAUCAAGAACUUGGUCUUGCUAGAGCUGCAGAUACUCGUUGGGGUUCGCACUACAAAUCUUUUAAGAACUUUAUUUCUAUGUUUGGCUCAAUUAUUGAUGUUCUUGAUACUAUCGUUGUUGAUGCCCGGACUUUAGAAGAAAGAGCUAAGGCAAAGGGAUAUCUUAGCACUUGUCAAACAUUUGAGGUUGCUUUCAUGUUGCACCUAAUGAGAGAUGUUUUGGGGAUCACAAAUGAGCUUAAUACAUCCUUACAAAAAAAGGAGCAAGAUAUUGCAAAUGCUAUUCUACUUGUUGAAGUGGCAAAGAGACGGUUGCAAAAGCUAAGAGAAGAAGAAUGA